AUGAGCGGAAUCCACAGAUUUUUGACCAAACGCGAACGAAAUGGCAAACAUACAAAACACAACAAGGAUGAGUCGUCAAACUCCUCUCACCCUCGACUUCGUGGUUUCUUCACCUCAGACGAUACACACGCGGGAAAUGGCAACUCCAGUGAUCAACAGAAGAAGAUCAAGACUUUAGAGCGACGAGUCUCGAACCUUGGCAUCACAGAGUUAAAUGAAAAACACCUUACCUAUGCACUGCAACAUACACAGGGUGAUGUUGAGAAAGCGUUUGAGUUCCUCCUGCUUAUUGAGGACUCGAUUGAAGGAAUAAUCAAAGGAUAUUCUCCAAGCACGAAGCUCCUUGGAGCAGAAAACCGGGAGGGUGUAACAUGUUAUUUGGACGCGCUGCUCUUUGCUAUGUUUGCACGAUUGGAUUGCUUCGAGGGGAUAUUAUAUAAGAGCUUCAACGAUGAGGCUCGUGGGAAAUUGUCAGUGCUCUUGAGGCUCUGGGUCAACAUGUUGCGAUCCGGGAAGCUUAUAACGACUGAUAUUACGAAACACAUACAGGAUUCACUUGCCGAAUGUGGUUGGGAGGAUGCAGCUAAUCUUCGUCAGCAAGAUGCAUCCGAGGCAUUUACCUUCAUUACGGAAAGACUAGAGCUGCCUCUCCUUACACUCAAGAUGGACAUAUAUCACACUGGGAAAGAGGAUAUGAACGACGACCACAGGUUUGUCAACGAACGGUUAUUAGAGGUCGCCAUCCCAGAGCCGACAGACGGAAAGACCGUGACGUUGGAGGAGUGCUUGGAAUCAUACUUCAAUAAUAGGAUUGAGGUCAAGCGUUACCUUGAACGCCGAAAUACUAUUGAGUCGACUAAAUCAAUGGAUUCACUUGCGAAGGGCUCUGCCGCGCACGUUGAGACAGUGGAAAUAAGCACACCCACCUCCUCCUCCUCACCAACAGCGCUGUCUCCGACGGUGACCCAAAUCAGUUCGAAGACAGAGACUCCGGCAUCUGAUAAAACUAAAUACCGGAGGAGCAGUAUUAUUCAACCAAAGUAUAUCCCGGACUCGGGCUCAGACGAUCCCACCAAGAACCGCCAGGGCUCUUACAGGAAGGAGGUAAUGAUGCCCGCAUGGCAAUUUUUCAGCUUGAUCCCAUGGUAUACGGAUAAUUCUCCAACAAAUGAUUCCCAGGUCGCGGCACAUUUCUCAACAAAACGACCGAUACUAGGCAUGAGCUUGAAACGAUACUCGAUGCUUCCAAACGGCAAGGCCGUUAGACUCGACACAUUUGUUGAUAUUCCGACCGAGAUUGGGCUACCUCAUUUUAUCCAGGAUGACAACAUGGAGGAUGGUCCAAUUCAGGGAAACUUUAAGUUAUCCUUGCAGGCGCUUGUUUGCCAUAGAGGCAAUUCGGUUGAUUCUGGCCACUAUAUUGCAAUCGUCAGAGGCACCAGUGCAGGCGCGCCACCGUCGAGUUCCCAUGGAUUAGAACAGUCAAAUUCGGAGACUCCAAGAUAUUGGAUGCGAUUUGAUGACCUAGCUACAGAACGAGUGACACUUGUGGACAUUGAGCAAGCCUUAAAGACUGAGUCGCCAUACCUUCUCUUUUACCAAAUUCUACCAAUUGAUGAGGACGCAGCGGCAGCCAAUUUUUCAAAUAAUGCACCAUCCUCUAUAGCCUCUGUGGAAACUCAGGAUCCGGAAGCGAUUUCUCCCACGCUGCAACCUAACCGACUUCGCGCAGGGUUCAGGUCUGGCCGCCCGAGUCUUGAAAUUACUGUUGCGGACGCACCAAAUCCCACAACAGACAAUUCUGAGGAUUUCACGGACACUCGAAACACCAUUUUGGAAUCAGGGUUACGCUCCGUUCCUUCAACAUCACCAAGGCUUGCGCCAAAAGAUGACGACGACAACAGGGGCUCCAUCUCUUUCUCUAGGCGCGGAUCCAGAGCCACAAGGUCGAAUCCGGGCAGCCGUGCCAACAGUCAAGUCAGUGAAAACAGAAUCAGUGCAACAUUCUCACGUUUUGCGGGUCGCCUUAGCAAGGAUAAAGUGAACAGUGAUUCCUUUGCCCUCGACGAUGACGACGAUGACACGACCAGAAAUGAUACCCCUGGCCUGACUGUUGAGACAGUUAAGAGCAGUGAAACGAGAGAAAAGAGCCCGAGACGGUCAAGGUUCUCCGACAAGCAGAAAGACAAAGGGAAGGACAAGUCAAGGGAAAGAAGAGGACGCAAGCUGGAGCGUGAAUGUCUUGUCAUGUGA